CUCCGUACGACGCCAGGUGCAAUAAGCGGGAAUCGUACUAUGACAGCGUAGAGUGCCAGCCAGCAUCAUGCGCGCGCUGCGCGCUCGUGCCUGGUCAAAUGAGCAGCACAGAGUCUCCAAGAUGCACUGAAGGACUCGUGGUUUUCGUCGCCACAGACGGCGACGCGACAUUUCAAACGUGUGAUAUAUUCCACGCCCAAGAAACCGCCAUGCGUUUCAGUUUCGCACACUGCAUCAUGAACAACGAAGCCGAGCCCGAGGGAAAUGUCGUCGCAACAGAAGCAUGGCGAGCGUUUGGCAGCGACACGGAAGCAGGACGCUUGCUCAAGAAAUUGUAUUGCGGCAACGCCAAACCAGUCAUCAACUACCCCAAGGUAAAAACGACAAAGCAGCAUGCCCCCGCUGGCCCGUUCAUUCCUGGAGGGGGCAGCGGCGUGGACACUCGUUCAAACAACUGGGCAUCGUCCAACACGGCGCGGGCGGUCAAGGUGCCAACCGUGGGAAACCACCCAACGAAUCAAUCCCACGCUAUCGACGCCAUCCCAGUCCAUCGCCGCCACAAGGACAUGAUCGACAAAGAGCUCGGUCAAAUCAAGCGAAGUGUCGAGGGGUAUCGCCCAACCGUGGCCAGCUAUCCAGGCUCCCAAGCGGAGAAGCAAAAGUUGCAACAGCGAUUCACUUAUGCCGCAGGGACGAUCCUACCUCGAGAAAUGCUGCCUGGCUCUGAUCUGUUGGACAAAGAGCUGUCGCACUUGGAUGCCAAACGUCAAGGAGGACCCAUGACAACUCUCCAACAGCUCCAGAAACUGCGGACGCAAGUGCUGGACGACAUUGAAUCGCGCAAGAAAUAUAUUGCAGAAAUGUCGGCCUUGGGAAAGCAUGCAGACACGCAACAAAUGCACCAUGACAUGGAACAGUUGCUUCUCGAGUUGAAGCAAAUCAAUUCCCUCAUGAACCAGCAGAACUAGAGCUGGCAUUCUCUGGCGGAACAGCCCUAAUGACAUACGUUUUUAAGUUUCUGACACGUCUCGACGCUACUUCUGACGAAGCCGUGACCAAAAUACGACCGCUCAGUCCAUGAAGCACAAAAGUGCUCGAGCCACACAGACUGCUCACAGCUACUAUGACACUUCGAUAUGGCUUGAUGUGCGUGCUUCGGUGGGACCAUCGGCAUGAUCUAUUCGUUCCAGAGGAGGAGUCGCGGCCCGCCUUGGGUCAAUCAGGACGCUGUGAAAGCACAAGUCGAACAGCGUCUGCGCCCCGCGAAAAUAUGGAAACUGGAGCCACAGCAUUCCGACCAGUUUGAUGUGGUAUACAAACGGCACCCACCACAGCACACCGCUCAUCGCGUCGAACAAGUACUCGACGAUGGCCACAACUACGAAGUAGCACACCCACCAUUCGUGCGUGCGGCGUUGGUGUCGCGCCAACGUACCGAGUACAACGUAAGCUGGAAACGCGAGGGCAACUGCAUCGCAGCCGACUUUCGUCAGAAAGCCGGGCGUGACGAGGAAGACCAGUCCAAAUAUGGCAGGACCCUGAGCCAUCACGUCGCGCAUGAUGUUGGCAGUGCGGGUUGAGAUGAGCCCAACGGCAGUCAAGGUGCGGAAUACGAUGCCAGCGUGCGCAGGCGGGGCCGCGAUGACAGACAUCGAGCGGGUCGGGGAGAAACCAGACGUGGCGCCAUGUGGAAACACAUAGUUGACCGCAAAGCCCAAGAGCACUCGAGUUCCGUGCAUGUGAUGCAACCAGUUGAGGAGAAAGUUGAUGCGAAGAAUUGACGGCUUGAAGUAGAAAACAAUGAAGUGAGGCACGAGGGUAGUCGCGAUAGAGUGACUGGUCAGGUAAAACGCCCACAAGAUCCAGUAGCGAAGAGAUCGCUCAAAGUAAACGGCGGCGGGGUCAUCGGUAUACCGAUGGGUCCUCACGGCCCGGAUGGACAUCAUGAUGGGGUAGAUCGUUGCGAGCCAGACCAGGAUCACUUCGUGAGAGAGGAGGGCGAGAACGGGGGCGGGGGAAAGAGUCGCAAUGAC